AUGACGUCGUCCGCAUCAGUCGGGCCAAAUGCGAAUACCGAAAAGAAACAAUAUCUGUGCCUCUUCCAUGCAAUUACAUCUGGAUUAUUGGGCGACAAUCUUGGGUCUGAUGAACAGGAAAUCAUCGAGAUGAUCUACUUGAUCAUUGACAUCGAAGGAAAACAAACUGUAGGUUUACAACGCGAAUACAUUCGGUCUUGUUAUACGCACGUAUUGACGGAUGAAUGUAAGGAAAUCAGUGGCAUUGACGAAACAUUGGUCUUCUCAUCGGAGUUGAAUCUCGAUGGAGCAUUGCGAAAAUUUGACAUAUUUUUACGUGAGAAUACGGGAGUAAAUGUGACAUUCGUUUGUGAAAAUUGCCUUCAUUUACGUCAAUGUUUACAUCCAGAAAGUGCGAAAAAGUCAAUAUCUUUACCUAACUAUUACUGGAAAUAUUUUGAUUUAAGACUGGAAUUUGAAAAGAUGUAUAAAACUUCUGAAUGUCCGAAUUUAAUUUCUAUGUCCGAAAAAUUAAAUCUUUGUCCUAUAUCCGAAACUGAUUAUUGCAUGCGACAUAUUAAACUUAUGGAACUGAUCGUCCAUCAAAUGUUAAACGAUGGACAUCAUUUCAAAGAACCUGAAAGUAUUAUGAUCAAUUUACAGCAAGGCAUAUGUUCUAUGGAGGACAAUAUCGAAGAAAGUACAGUUGUUCGUGCACGCGGAUUACCAUGGCAAUGCACCGAUCAGGAUGUUGCGAAGUUUUUCCGUGGUCUCGAUAUAGAAAAGGGUGGUGUUGCUCUUUGUCUUAGUACUCAGGGACGUCGUAAUGGCGAAGCUCUAGUUCGUUUCUCUACUAUUGAACACCGUGAAUUAGCAUUACGCCGCCAUAAACAUCAUAUUGGCCAACGUUACAUAGAAGUUUACAAAGCAACUGGACGUGAUUUUCUCAAUGUCGCUGGAGAUUAUUUAAAAAGAUCGAACUCAGAAGCUCAAGCUUUCCUACAACGUGAUGGUCAAGUGAUUAUUCGUAUGCGUGGGUUACCAUUUGAUGCAGUUGCGAAAGAUGUGAUCGAAUUUUUUACGCGUGGUGAUAUACCAACUCAUGUUGUGGACGGUGAAGAAGGUGUGUUGUUUGUUCACUAUCCCGAUGGGCGAAGUACAGGUGAUGCGUUCGUCAUGGUCAAAACAGAAAAUGAAGCAUCUCAAGCGCUGCUUAAACAUAAAGAAACGAUGGGUGCGCGAUAUAUCGAACUAUUUCGAAGUACAACAGCUGAAGUUCAACAAGUUUUUCGACGAAGUCAAGAUCCGAAGAAUUUUCAAACGUCAUUGAAAGAUAUUCCAUAUGCGCCGUUACCUAUUCUACCCCCGGAAAUGUUAACCAGUGGUAAUAAAAAAGAUUGUAUUCGAGUUCGCAACCUACCAAUUGAAUGUGGUAUCGAACAAAUCUUGGAAUUUCUCGGUAUUCAUGCACAACAUAUCAUUGCACAAGGCGUUCAUAUGGUUUAUAAUGCACAUGGUCAACCAUCAGGUGAAGCAUUCAUUCAAAUGAAUUCCGAAAGUGCUUCAUUUAAUGCAGCGGCACAUAAGAAUAAUAAAUAUAUGUUUUUCAAUGGUAAAAGACGAUAUAUUGAAGUUCUUCAAUGUUCAGGUGAAGAUAUGAAUCAAAUUUUACUUGGUCUUGUUCCAUCGAAUCUAAUUCCAACGAAUCUUCAGCGACCAGCAAUCUAUUCAUCUCAUCGAGCUGCACCACUCGUGCCAAUGUCGACUUUACCAUCACAGAUGCUUCCACCGAACAUGUCGAUGCCCUUAGCACCCCCAAACCAGCCUUCAACAAUACCAAACAUGCCACUAACAUCCACAAUUCCUUCGACUUCAUCAGCAUCGACUAUGAACGGUUUACAUCCGAAUGCCACUUUUUAUCCUAUGCAAGUUUUCUACUAUCCAACACCAUCGAUAUAUCUGCAAGCAGGACAAAUGCAUCCGACACCCAUGACCUUUGUUUUACGAGGAGAAGCUGGUCAAUACUAA